AUGUCUGAUGGGGCUGAGUUAAUUGCAAAAGCUGUUUCAGUUCUGGGUAUUGACACAGUUUUUGGAAUAGAUGAUUCCACCACUAAUCCUUUAUUAAAGUGGUUUGAAUUAACAAAGAUUGAUGUGAUUAAGGCCCCCAGCCAAAAAUUUGCUUCUUUUGCUUCCACUAUGCAUGGUUAUAUCAAAUCAUCACCAGCAAUCCUAUUGCUUCCAGGAAGUAGUCAAUUUCUAGAUGGACUUUCUGGAAUUUCGAAUGCUCAAUACCAGCGGUGGCCUUUAAUCGUUAUCACCGUUUCAACUGAUGAGGAAGACUUCAGCCAUCUGUGCACUUCGUUUGUAAAAUUUUAUCAAAGGUGUUCUGCUCCUGAUAGAAUUCAAAAGGUUUUGACUCAGGCCUUCAAGUCCUCCAUAAAUGGUAGGUCAGGUCCAACUCAUAUCCAUUUUGAUUCUUCCGUAUUGACUGCUCCUGUAGAGGACAAUCUGAAACAGUUGACAACCAAAAAUCCUUACACAAAAUUCAGUCUUCGUCCAGCAAGCAACAAACUCGAUGACAUCGUCUUUUUAUUGACGAAAGCUCGUUAUCCCUUGAUUGUCGUUGGAAAAGCUGCCGCUUCAUCUUACAAUGCACACAUUCAAUUAAGAUCAUUAGUCCAAAACUUUCAUCUUCCAUUCGUCACCACCACAAUGGCAAGAGGAACAGUCCCAGAUUUUAGUCAGCACAGUUUCACCGUUAUAGCUAACGAAAGCAUUGAGAACUCAGAUUUCUUAAUUUUGGUCGGUACUUCGCUGAAAGAGCUCUCGCAGAAUAAUUUUAAUAGCUUUAACAAGAAAAACAAGAGGGUAAAAGUUAUUCAAAUAGACAAUGUUCCAGAAGAAAUUGAAGAUGACUACAUUCCCUCCAUCGAUACCGUAUAUGAACUUGCUUUGGUUGGUGAUUUAUACGACAUAUUAGAGGCCCUAAAUGAAAAGUUACAAGCUUUCGAUUACGUUGCAAGAUCUCCUCUUACAUACUUGUCAGAACUUAGAGAUCAGAAGUUAAGAAUCUUUACACAACUUGAGACAGCAAGGUCACCUGAAAAUUCCAUGAAUCUGUUUUAUGCCUUUAGGUCGAUAAGAGAAUCAUUUCAAGACUAUCAGGACGAUGUAUAUAAUGUGGUGGAGGGAUUCGAUCUUUCAAAUGAAUUCUCUUCUUUGUUAUAUCCUGUGUUUUUGCCUAAACAGUUGAUAGAUGUUACCUCACUUCCAGUACCGGGUAAUGGACUGCUUUACGCCAUGUCAUUGAAAGCAAUAGAAAGGACACGGUUGGCAGUAUUCUUCUUUAAAGAAAAUGCCCCGUUAACUUUUAAUGUAACGGAUUUAAUAACUUCCAUAUCGAAUGAUCUUCCAGUGAUCUGCAUAAUAUUCAAUGAAACUAAAUCAUGUCGCUAUGAUUUACUUUGUCAAUCUCUGACUAUAGAUGGAUUUUCAGCUACAACAACCAAAGAUCUGGAAACGUCUCUAAAACUAGGCAUUCAAGCCUACUUGACGAGGAAAAGGUCCAUCGUGAUAGACAUUCAAAUCGAGUCACUUUCAGAACCAACCCUAAAUGUGAAUUUGGUGCCCAAAAUGUGA